AUGACGUAGACGAUGAUUUAAAAACAUAGGUUUGCGGUGUGCAAGAUUUCUCUACACUGGUUUACCUGAAAACAAAAACAAAGGUAGAUUUCGAAAAUAGAGGAUAUCCUUCAAUACAGGAUAAAAAAAAGUAUACAAGAAAAUAAAUAAUCCUUCGAUCAGGGACCCGUCGGUCUAAUAUAUUUUCUAAAUCUACCUUUAGUUUUGUUUUCAGGUGCACCAGUUUGAAGAAAUCUUGCUCACCGCAAACCAAGCGGCCACCCACGCCAUCGCCUGUUAUGACGAAAUGGAUUAACCUUUUUUUAAAACAAAAAUUCUUUUAUAGUUCUUUGAGACAUACUUUGUAAUAUAUUUACAUUUCAUUAAUUAUUAUUUACAUUCAUUAAUUAUUAUAUUUACAUUUCAAAAUUAUUAUUUAAAAAAACACACACAAGAAACUGUCCAUUUCCAUUUUCCUGACUGCGACUAACCCCUUAACGAGAUGUAACAUAUGAAAUGUCCGUUGGAAAGUAGUUCUUUUGCAACAAAAAAAAAAAAAACAUUAGGUAUUUGCGAAUCAAGAUAACAUAAAUCCUAUGAAAGAUUUCAUUUACAUAAGGUAAAAUCAACAAGUUCGAAAAGUGGGUUUCCCAUGAGCUGAAUAUAAACAGAAAGAAUCGACGACACGAAGUAUGCAUUUCAUUGAUUCAGCGCCAUUCUCUCGAGCUAUUCUUAGGUUAGACAGUGAGUUGUGACGAGAACUGAUCUGAUCAAUAGCUGGGUGUUCCUCAAUUACUAUGGUAAUGUUGGUAUACAAGCUAAUGUUGACUAUGUGGUUGCUCGUGAUACGUGAUAUUUACUACAUCAUCUGAAAAUGGGAUGCCACAAAGUAUGCGCAAUCAUCGGUUGCAAAGGCAGCAAGAAACGCAUGUUCCAUUUCCUCUGUCUGCUGAAGGACAAAGACAGGUGCAGGGAUCUAGACAGGGAUCUAGUACCAACCUGCAACUUACCAGCACCUGCUGCAUCUGUCAAGCCACAGGAGGAAACUGGAAUGGAAAUUGAAGAAGAAGAAGAUCUUAAUAUAGAUCAACCCGUGCUCACCGUUGGAUGCCAGGACAAUGUGGAAUUUCAGGACAGCGUGGGACUGAAGGACAACGUGGGACUGAAGGGCUUCAUUGACUCCGACGCCUAUAAUGUGCUUUCCUGGUUCAUCCAGAGGUUAGUGCAUUACCUUACAAUAAUAUUAUCUUCUAUUGCAUUCUUUUUUUUAGUUAUGAUAGGUAUUUAG